AUGUCGCCGGAGCCUGCAGUGGGGAGCGCUGACCGGCAAUCACGCAGACGCAUUGCCGAAGAACGAGCCCAGAAAUGGAUGACCAAGGGCGGUUUGGUCCGAGAGGACUCCGACGACGAACUCGGUGACGAGGACCUUCCAUGGGAGUGGGUAUACGAGAUGAACCAUGACGAGCACAAUAACAACGAAGAAAAUGUUGAGGCGACGCCAUCUCGAAGACGUUCUGCACGGCCGGCUGCGAAAAAAGGACCCAAGAUUGUCGGCGCACGAAUGGGCACAUUUGAAUGCAGAUUGGGACAGGUUGUGUUACUGAAGUCUCCAGAGCCUGGGAAGGACUGGGUCGGGAUUAUCACACAAUUUACCGAGGAAGAAGACGAUGACGAGGAGGAGAUGGUCAAGUCAGCCAACAUUAUGUGGUUUGCCUCGCCGGACGAGUUCAUGUCGACCAAGAACAAGAGGAGAACGGACGCAUUGCCGAAUGAACAAUACUUGACGGCGGAUUUCAAUAGUAAUCCAUUGACGUCGAUUAAUGGGAAAGCUACGGUAAUGUCCAAGGAGGUCUUUUACGCCAAGUAUCCGAACGGCGCGGCUCCUAAGGGGAAAGAGGCAUUGGCAGACUACAACAAGUGUAUAAUCUGUCGACGAGGUGUCAAUCAGUUGCAGGGAAGAUAUACAGAUGAAUUCAAAUGGGAAGAUGUAUAUCGGGAGGAUAGAAUUUUCGAUCUCAUCGACAUGAUCAAGGAUGGAUUGAAGGCGGCCAAAAAGCGUAAGACGGUCGAUGAUGAUUACAUUGAUACGAAAGACGACGGCGAUUUUGAGCCUGCCACUCCGAGAAAGAGACAGAAAACGGCUAUUGGUGCCACACCGCAGUCGCGACGGCAUAAGACCUUAACCACACCCAGUAACAAACGAAUCGUCGUCAAAAAGCCCCUCGAAUUCACCCCUCUUGGUACGCGUGUCCUUGCGCCUACGCAUUUCGCCUCUCCGUAUCGUCAAGCACGCAACGUCCUCCACGUUUCCACCGUCCCUGAAUCGCUACCCUGCCGAAAGAACGAAUUCGAUACCGUCUACAACCAUCUCAGUGCCGCAAUUAUGGAAGGCACGGGCACAUGUAUCUACAUCUCAGGUACACCGGGUACCGGAAAGACAGCAACUGUCCGCGAGGUUGUCGCACAGCUCAACACAGCCGUGCUUGCAGAGGAGAUGGACGACUUUAUAUUUGUCGAGAUCAACGGAAUGAAGGUUACCGAUCCUCAUCAGUCCUACUCUUUACUUUGGGAGGCUCUGAAGGGCGACCGGGUAUCUCCGUCGCAUGCGCUUGACCUUCUUGAGAGAGAACUAUCGCAUCCAUCCCCUCGACGAGUCUCGUGCGUCGUCCUCAUGGACGAACUUGAUCAGCUGGUUACGAAGAACCAAUCAGUGAUGUACAACUUCUUCAAUUGGCCUGCCCUCCGACACUCACGCCUCAUCGUCCUGGCCGUCGCCAACACCAUGGACCUGCCCGAACGUACACUGAGCAACAAAAUCUCCAGUCGUCUGGGUUUGACUCGUAUCACAUUCCCGGGAUACAAGCAUAACGACCUAAUGGAAAUCAUCACUACACGUCUAAGCAACGUACCAGGAAACAUCGUCGACCCAGACGCCAUCCAAUUCGCAAGCCGGAAAGUAGCAGCUGUCAGCGGUGACGCCCGACGCGCAUUAGACAUCUGCCGACGAGCCGUUGAAAUCGCAGAACAAGCCUACGAUAGCGCAACUGCCAAAGAAAAUAAACCUGCCAUAGACGACGACACCGAAUUCCUCCCCCCAACACCCAGCAAAACCCCCGCAAGAGCCAACAAACGCCAACUCGCACCCCCAAAGCCUGAACCAGAAAAACCGCCCACUAAAAACACACCCGGCCGCGUCACUAUCGCAACCAUAAAACACGCCAUCCAAGAAGCAACCUCCACUCCCCUCCAACAAUCCCUCCGCACCCUCCCCCUCUCCGCAAAACUCUUCCUCGCCGCGCUCCUCGCCCGCGUAAAACGCACCGGCAUCUCCGAAUCCACCUUCGGCGACAUCCUCGACGAAGCCAAACGCAUCGCCGAUGCUGCUGUCGCAGUCGCCGGUGCAGCAGGCGUUGGUAUCCGCGAGUUCCUCCUCGGUGGCUCCGGUGGCAGCGGCGCGCGUGUGAAGGCUAUGGGGUUCGCUGCGAUGGAGCUUAUGAAUUCGGGUAUUCUGGCGCUGGAGAAUAGUGCUGGAUCCAGGGGGGCAUUGGGGAGUAGUCUUAUUCCGAAUCGGGGGGAUAGGAGUAGUAAGGUGAGGUUAAGAGUUGCGCCGGAGGAUGUUAGGGCUGCGUUUCGGGAGGAUGUGGAGGCCAAGGGGUUGGGGUUGGGGAGUGAUUAG